AUGUUGGUAGGAUUUCUCCUAGUUUUUACAGUGACACAAGCUCACCGUACAUCAGUAUCAACCGACUGCCCGAUCGUGAACUGCCAGACGUGCUCCCAGGACAAGCAGACUUGCGUGGCGUGCAAGCAGGGAUUCGUGCCCAACGAGGGUAACACGGAGUGCAACUCAGCGCCGGCCGAGUGCCCGAUCGUGAACUGCCAGACGUGCUCCCAGGACAAGCAGACUUGCGUGGCGUGCAAGCAGGGAUUCGUGCCCAACGAGGGUAACACGGAGUGCAACUCAGCGCCGGCCGAGUGCCCGAUCGUGAACUGCCAGACGUGCUCCCAGGACAAGCAGACUUGCGUGGCGUGCAAGCAGGGAUUCGUGCCCAACGAGGGUAACACGGAGUGCAACUCAGCGCCGGCCGAGUGCCCGAUCGUGAACUGCCAGACGUGCUCCCAGGACAAGCAGACUUGCGUGGCGUGCAAGCAGGGAUUCGUGCCCAACGAGGGUAACACGGAGUGCAACUCAGCGCCGGCCGAGUGCCCGAUCGUGAACUGCCAGACGUGCUCCCAGGACAAGCAGACUUGCGUGGCGUGCAAGCAGGGAUUCGUGCCCAACGAGGGUAACACGGAGUGCAACUCAGCGCCGGCCGAGUGCCCGAUCGUGAACUGCCAGACGUGCUCCCAGGACAAGCAGACUUGCGUGGCGUGCAAGCAGGGAUUCGUGCCCAACGAGGGUAACACGGAGUGCAACUCAGCGCCGGCCGAGUGCCCGAUCGUGAACUGCCAGACGUGCUCCCAGGACAAGCAGACUUGCGUGGCGUGCAAGCAGGGAUUCGUGCCCAACGAGGGUAACACGGAGUGCAACUCAGCGCCGGCCGAGUGCCCGAUCGUGAACUGCCAGACGUGCUCCCAGGACAAGCAGACUUGCGUGGCGUGCAAGCAGGGAUUCGUGCCCAACGAGGGUAACACGGAGUGCAACUCAGCGCCGGCCGAGUGCCUGAUCGUGAACUGCCAGACGUGCUCCCAGGACAAGCAGACUUGCGUGGCGUGCAAGCAGGGAUUCGUGCCCAACGAGGGUAACACGGAGUGCAACUCAGCGCCGGCCGAGUGCCCGAUCGUGAACUGCCAGACGUGCUCCCAGGACAAGCAGACUUGCGUGGCGUGCAAGCAGGGAUUCGUGCCCAACGAGGGUAACACGGAGUGCAACUCAGCGCCGGCCGAGUGCCUGAUCGUGAACUGCCAGACGUGCUCCCAGGACAAGCAGACUUGCGUGGCGUGCAAGCAGGGAUUCGUGCCCAACGAGGGUAACACGGAGUGCAACUCAGCGCCGGCCGAGUGCCCGAUCGUGAACUGCCAGACGUGCUCCCAGGACAAGCAGACUUGCGUGGCGUGCAAGCAGGGAUUCGUGCCCAACGAGGGUAACACGGAGUGCAACUCAGCGCCGGCCGAGUGCCCGAUCGUGAACUGCCAGACGUGCUCCCAGGACAAGCAGACUUGCGUGGCGUGCAAGCAGGGAUUCGUGCCCAACGAGGGUAACACGGAGUGCAACUCAGCGCCGGCCGAGUGCCUGAUCGUGAACUGCCAGACGUGCUCCCAGGACAAGCAGACUUGCGUGGCGUGCAAGCAGGGAUUCGUGCCCAACGAGGGUAACACGGAGUGCAACUCAGCGCCGGCCGAGUGCCCGAUCGUGAACUGCCAGACGUGCUCCCAGGACAAGCAGACUUGCGACGCGUGUGAACCAGGCAAGCAUCUGACCCCGACGAAGAAGGCAUGUCUCACCGACUGCCCUGCCGGAACGUAUCUAUCCGGGCAAACGUGCGCGCCCUGCGACCCCUCCUGUGCGGAGUGCAGCGGGGCCGGCGCUUCCAGGUGCACGGCCUGUCCCGCCGGGAAGAUGCUGAGGUACGCCGACGAGAGCAAGCUUAAUGAGGGCGGCCAGUGCGUGGAGCAAUGCGUGGAGGGCCCGGAGUGCGAGACAUGCGGCCUAACAAUUGGAGGUACCAAGUACUGCUCGAAGUGCAAGGGGAACAACGUGCCGCUCAAUGGCGUCUGCACAAGCAAUGCGGCCAGGACUCAGUUCUGCACCACUGCCGCUGACGGUGCCUGCACGGUCUGCGCCGCCGGAUACUUCGUCCAGGGAGGCGGGUGCUAUGAAAUAACGAGACAGCCUGGGAAGCAGGUAUGUGCACUAACUGAUAACAAAGGAAAGUGCCAGACAUGCACCAAUAGUCUUGGUCCGGAUGGUGCUGGAACCUGCCCCUCGUGCGAUCCUACUUGCAAGACAUGCUCAGCCGCCAAUGCUGCAAACACCUGCACGACGUGCGCCACAGGAUACUACAAGAUUGCAUUAGAAGGCGCCUGCACAUCCUGCGAAAAUGAUAGCAACGGGAUCACUGGCGUCAAGGGCUGCUUAAACUGCGCCCCUCCACCUAGCAAUACUGGCCCCGUUCUCUGCUACCUCAUGAAAGAUGGCGACAGUACCGGUGGAAACGUCAACAAGAGCGGUCUUAGCACAGGCGCCAUCGCAGGCAUUUCUGUCGCAGUCAUCGUUAUCGUGGGGGGUCUUGUUGGGUUCCUCUGCUGGUGGUUCAUCUGCAGAGGAAAGGCGUAG